AUGACUCCAUUAAAAGAAACUUUCUCCAAGGGCAAUAACACCCAUUUUUUAUCCAUAACAAACAAUUCUUUCUCUCCGUCUUCUAAACUUCCCUUUCCCGCAUCCCCACCAAUUAACUCUACAGCAAAUCUCGGCACAAAUCCUCAGAAAAAUAAAUCAUUUAAUAAUAAUAUUACUAUGACUAAUAUCGAUAGCCAUUCUCACUCUAUAGAUGUCAACACUACUACUUUUAAAACUAAAAGAACCAAAUUUACUAAAUUCCUUUUAUUUCAACGUCCUGAUAAUAACUCUACUAAUAAUAAAAAUCAUACAACAACUAACCAUUCUAAACUACAUCUAAAGCACAAAAUGAAACGAUAUUUCAAAUCUUUUACCUCUAAUAACAAUCCCAACCAUACUACUACUGUUGAAUCCAAGGAAAAUCUAAUAUCCUGUACAGAACUAAAUACUUUGUCUAAUGAGGCACUAUCGUGUUAUAAUCAAUUCACUGGUAAUCUUGUAACUACUUAUCCAAAUCAUCAAUUCAAACAGAUAACAUCAAGUAUUGGAACUUUAAAAAGAGACACAAUUCCCCCAUUAACUGAUGCCAUUUUAAAAACAAACAAAUUUCAAGAAUCUUCUUCCCUAAUGGUUAAAACUAAAUUACCUAAUGAAAUUGACCCCGCAUUUAAUUUAGAACCCAUCAAUUCAAUGAAUUAUGAGGAUUUAAAGCUUUUAAAAAAUAAAUUUAAUAAUAUUUCCAUAUCUUUCAGUUCCGAUUCCUUAACAACUGAUGUGGAAAAUGUUUCUACAGCUGAGGCGAAUCACAAGGAUAUUGAUGAAAAAUGUCCCUUUACUACUUCCAUAUUGAAUAAUUAUGAUGAAGAAGAUUUACCAUCUUCUUAUGAACCCAUUCUUUCCCUUACAGAUGACACUAUUCCUCCAAGUUUAACUACUUCUAAUUCUACCAUUUGCAGUGAGUACGAAGAAAAGUCAGAUACUGGUGAUGAUGAUGAUGAUGAUGAUGAUAGAGUUGUUGUUAGUGAUAAUAAUAAUCCUAAUAACAAUGACAAUGCUAAAAGCGUUACUAACACUAAUAUAUUGCCAGCUAAAGACAAACCAAUAUCUAUAAAAAAUGAGAAUGAAAUGGUGGCUAAAACUAAAAGCCCCACAAAUGAUGCCAUUAAAAAGAAAGAAUUAAAAACUUAUCCCAGUAAUAUUAAUAAUUCGACAUUUGUUCCCACAAAAACAUACAAUUUUGAUGGUAAUGACUUGCUCUCGUUAGUAAUUCCCACUUUCAGAUAUUCAGAUGAACUCCCCUUGAAUAAAAUUGUGGAUGAUGUUAGGAAAGGUCAUAUGACAGAAGAAUACUUAAUUGAAAAGGCAAAUAAUUUUGAAGCAGAAUCGCUAACUUUUAAAGAUGUUGGCUUCUAUAGUAAUGAUAAUAAAUACAUUGAUGCUACCAAUUACAGCAAUAAUGCUUACAAUUGUGCCAAACCAAAAGUAUCUCAGGAAAAUAAUGAGUUUAGUCCAUUACUUGAACGGCGUAGUUCUGACACUAUCUGUACUCCUACCGGAAUUAUUACUACACACUAUAAAAAUGAAGAUGAUAGCACACCUCAUGGGACUUUAGUCUCUAAUAGCAGUGGAAGCAUUAGAUUUAACAAUUUUGCUUCUUUGGUUGUUUACGAUUCCACUAAAGAAUGUAAUAGCAAACUAAAGAAAAAUACUCAAAGCAAUAAUACAGGUAAGGCCCAUGUCCAAGCUAUUGGAAAAUCUGAUGUCAAGGUUGAUGAUUUUGCCACUAACAAUAUUUUAAAUUUUAAUAAAUUUAAAAAUUUAGGCACAUUAUCGUUGAGAAAAGAUAGUACAAGUGACAAGGCUAGUAUUGGCGCCAUUUCCAACAGCGAUAAUUUUUUAAUUAAAGCAAAUAAACAAAUUACUCACGACGAUAACAACACUAAUCUUGAUGACAAUUACGUUAUUAACGGUAAUCCAGAAUAUAGAGCCAUCAAACAAAAUAGCAAUGAUAAUAAUAAAAAUAACAAACAAACUAAUUCAGCAAAUCUUUUAAUAGGAUUUCCAACAACAACUUCCCCUGAUUUUGACAAUGGAACUGUUGAUAAAGGUUUCAGAUUAUCGUCUACUGGAAAUUUUAAAAAUAAAUUCAAAAGCAGAUUAAGCGCCAUUCGCCAAAAUUCAUUACAAAGUAGAAGAGCAAUAAAUAACAAUGGUACUGAGCAAAUUCCACAAGAUGGUGUUUGUCUGGCAGUUAUAACUACUGUGAAUGACAACGAAAAACGUAAUCUCAACAGUGACAGUGAUGCGAAUAAUAAUAAGACUGUAAAUGAUAUUAAUAAUAAAUCUAUUUUAAAAGUUAAAAAUAAUUUAAAUGAAAAAUAUGAAUAUGUAAGAGCCAAAGGAUGUGACACUGUUGAUUUUGAUUCGUUUAUGGAUUUUUUUACACAACACGAACAAGAAAGAAUGGAUUGUGAAUUUAUUUUGAUAAAAAUGAGAGAACAGCAAUUAUCCAAUUAUUAUUCUGUGGAUUUUUUCCCCGAAUUGUUGAAAAAAAAUGACUCUACAACCAAAGCGUACAGUUUCAGUAAAAUGAUGACAGAACAGAAUAUAGGAAGAAAAAUUUCUGGUGCAUCAAACGUUAACAAUUUAAGUUAUUUACAAGAUACAGACAAUUAUAGUGGUAUUAAAAGUAAUGCCAACAAUAAAAAUGCUAAUGUAUAA